AUGGAGGCCCAGACCGAGACGCCGCAGACCGAGUGCGUCUGUGGAGUGCACCCCUCCGUAUUCUACGUACUGGCCACACUUUUACUUACCAGUUGUUCAACAGCUAUGCUGUGUGCAGCCUUCAUGACAGAACAUUGGGAGCAUGUGUCCUGGGAGAAGAACGCACUCGCUGCUCUCGCAAACGCCUCUAACACUGCCUUACAGUGGCUGCUUGAUGAAAAAGUUGUUAAGAUUGAAGAUUCAAACACUCGGAAAGGCGGAGGUACUUUUUUAGUUCCAAUGAAUGGGGGCAUUUGGAAGAUGUGCGUUUCGUUAGAAGAGGAAGAAGUAACCAUAUUAUUAAGAGCUGGUUUUCCGACAGAGCCACUGUGCACAAAAUACUUGUCUGAUGAUGAAAAUGAUGAGCAAAGAGGAGACUGGCAACAUCGUAUGCAGAAUCUAUCCAUAUCGUGUGCAUUGGUGUGUCUCAUAGUUUUGGGAAGUGCGGCAUUGGUCGGCGCCUUUGGCGUUUGUAAACACCAAAUUAGUGCUGUGCUUGUUACUGGUGUUAUGUACCUUCUAGCCGGUCUCUUCGCAAUGUUUACGCUAAUGAUAAUACAUUUCAAGCGCGUACAAAGAGUUUCAACACGCAGCGCAUCUCAUGUGGAAGAUACGGCCGAUGGAGUGAUCGGUCCUCGCUACCCCGCCUUCCCCUUGCUAUCUGCGCGGGAGUUCACAACCUCCUGGUCCUUAGAACUAGGCUGGGGAGGCGUAUUCUUAGCGACUACGUCAUCGCUGUUGUGGAUUUUACUAUCAAAAAUAAUGAGAUAUAAUCCCAUAAUGUCGAUGAUGUUG